CCUCUGCUACUACUUCUUCUUCUUCUUCCUCGAUCGAUCAUUCUUUUUCUUGAAUUUAUCUUUGUUUUUACUGUACGGACGAAUGUGGUUGCUUCUGUAGCUCAGUUUCUACUUUAUAAUAGUGUCAUUGUGUCAAGUCUUCUUCUUCUGGUGAACAAUCUCUGUAGAUUUUUGAGGGACCAGAAGAUGGUUGGUAAAAUUUAAUAUCACUUGAUUAAGAAGGAGAGAAACUUGUUUUUUUGGCAAUAAAGCCGCAAAGGAGUUUUUUUAGCUUUUGUUCUCUUUGGUCCAACAAAGAAUCACAAAAAGAAGAAGAAGAAGAAGAAGAAGUAAGGAUAAUGCUGAUGAGAAGAAGGUUGGCUUGUUGUAGCAGGGAGAGGGAGAUUAGCAUCGAUUUCGAUGAACAAGAUCGAAUGAUUACAUACGAUGGCUUAGAAACUUGUAUUAUCAAUAACCAAUCAUAUGAAGAAGAGAGUGGAACAAGUCGAGGAGAUGGAUGCUUGACUGAUUCGUUGGAUGAUGAUGCGUUUUCUAGCUGUUCAUCAAGCAAAGAUGCCUCUAGCUCUUUUUCUUCGAAAUGGUUACCGAUGAAGAAUGAUGAACAGAGUUGUGAUGGUUCGAGCUUAUCCGGAAGGUCUCAACAUUUUGAUGCUAAGGAGAAGAAACAAGGCUAUGCUUACUGCCAUUUGGAUGUGGAAGCCAUGAAGGAGAGAUUUUCUAAGCUAUUGCUCGGCGAAGAUGUCACUGGGGGAUGCAAGGGUGUCCAAGUAGCUUUGGCUUUGUCAAAUGCUGUAACACAUCUUGCUACGUCCAUUUUUGGCGAGCUCUGGAAAUUGGAACCAUUGUGUGAGGAGAAAAAGCAGAAAUGGAGAAGGGAAAUGGAUUGGCUACUUUCUCCAACUAACUACAUGAUUGAGUUAGUACCAUCUAAGCAAAAUGAUGCCAAUGGAAGAUCACUAGAGAUAAUGACCCCGAAAGCCCGUGCUGACAUCCAUAUGAAUCUCCCAGCUCUUCAGAAACUGGACUCCAUGCUAAUCGAGACACUAGAUUCUAUGGUGAACACAGAGUUUUGGUAUUCUGAGAUUGGUAGUAGAGCUGAGGGGAAGAAUAAGAGUACAAGCGAGAGCAAGAGAUGGUGGCUGCCAUCGCCACAAGUGCCCAAACCAGGGCUCUCUAACUCAGGAAGGAAGAAAUUGCUUGACAAAGGCAAAGUUGUUUAUCAAGUCUUCAAAGCUACAAAAGCCAUUAAUGAAAACGUUCUUCUUGAAAUGCCAGUACCUGCUGUUAUCAAGGAAGCAAUACCCAAAUCUGGAAAGAACAGCCUUGGUGAUGAACUGUACAAAAUGUUGACUGUGGAAACUGCCACAGUAGAUGAAAUCUUGAUAUCUCUCAAGCUGGGGACCGAACAUGCAGCUCUCGAGACAGUUAACAGGUUAGAAUCUGCUAUAUUUGCAUGGAAAGAAAAGAUUACAGAACAAGGCAGCAAUGGUAAAUCCCCUGUACGAGCAUCUUGGUCAUUCUCUAAAGAUUCAUCGUCUGAAAUUGGUCGCAAUGAGUCUCUCUUGAACCGAGCUGAAGCGCUUAGAUAUCAGAUCAAAACCAAAUACCCUAAUCUCCCUCACUCGUUUCUUGAUGCCACAAAGAUUCAGUAUGGCAAGGACAUUGGUCAUGCGGUUCUUGAGGCAUAUUCCCGAACACUAUCAAAUCUAGCAUUCCGGAUUCUAUCAAGAAUGGGAGAAAUCUUGAAAGAAGAUUCAUUAAGUAACCCAAACUCUCCUGCCCCGCCGAGUUGCUUCCUUAGCUCCCGUGAUCCUUACAGAACACCUGAGAGGCCUUUGCUUUCGUCCCGUGUAAGGCAUUCUUUAACAGAUGACAUGAACAAAGCUGACGGGACAGAGACUGGUUUAGAUUUUCUGUUUGCAGAUGCUAAAGCCAGUUCAGUGAAUACAACUCCAAGUAGAAGCAGUAGACUGUGGUGUCUGAGUAAAGUCCCGUCUGAUGCUUCUCCAUGAGUUAGAGGGUCUCCGUAGUUUGAUGCGUGCCACCUGAAGCUUCUCCUUUACUUUGAGGGUUUUAUAUUAUGAAGCCUGAGAUAUUGUAAAUGUAUAUUAACGUGCCGUUGAAGUAUUAUUCAUAAUACAGGCAAUUUUGUUCAUAACUUCCCGAUAAGUCAACAACAUUACAUUCUAGCUA